GUAAAUCUGUUGUGUAAAUAUUAAUAAUUUUAUUGUGUACUUAUUUGGUGUUGCUGAAUACGUGAUGGAUGUAAAAAUACGUGAUUUAAUUAAUGUGGGGUAUAAACAAACCAGUAAAAUUUUACAAUUAUGUGUAGAUAAUAAUUCAAUUAAUCGUUAUGCAAUUUUUGGUUGAAAUUCGUGCAUUUUAGACAUAUCUAAAGCUGUUUUAUUUGAUUCAUAUGAAUCCGCUAACGAAAGGUUCGAAGCAACCUCCGCCUAUAAAAGGCCACAAAAUUCGAUUAUACAGCAAUCGCUUUUGCCCGUAUUCCCAAAGGAUAAUUCUUGUGUUAGACGCGAAAAAGAUCCAAUACGAGGUAGUGAACAUAAAUAUAGCCAACAAACCGGACUGGCUCUACGAAAAGGUGCCCGAAGGAAAAAUCCCCGCCCUCGAAGUGGAAAACGAGGAGAUCCUCACCGAUGAUCUGAUCAUCGUCGAUUACUUGGAAGAAAGAUACCACCAACACCCUUUGUACCCGAAAGAUCCGCUGCAGAAAGCGAAAGACAGAAUUCUAAUCGAACAAUUCAAUAAAGUGGUUAACGCCAUGUACAGGUUGACUAUAAACAUCGGUAGAAUGAACAUGAACGAUGAUGAUGUCAUCGCCCAAGGUCUAUCGGUGUUCGAAAGGGAACUCGCAGACCGGGGAACCCCCUAUUUCGGCGGCAGCAAGCUAGGCAUGCUAGAUCUCAUGAUAUGGCCUUGGUGCGAAAGGGCCGAUAAUCUCAAGGUUUUCGGCUACCAGCAUUUGCUCAGAAGGGACAGAUACAAGAAAUUGAUGGAAUGGCGCAAUCACAUGACUGAGGAUACGGUGGUGAAGAAAAGUUUGCUGCAUUCCGACUAUCACAUUAAAUAUUUGCAAUCUUACAGGGCGGGAAUGCCCGAUUACGAUUUAAUAUUAAAUUCGAAUUGA